AUGCAAGAGAACGACCUCUAUCGUGAAUUCAUGAGGGGAGUGGACGUCCAAGCCACCACAGAUGAAUUCUGGGCAGGUGUUGCCUCCACCCCCUCAGCAUUACAUGAAUCUGUUGCACAAUCACUCCAAGUAUCUCGUCCUCAUACCUCUUGUUUCUGGCCUGGCUCCUUCAUCAUUCCUUCACAUCACUGUCCACCCGUCAUCGCUAGCGAUAGACUGCUCAUGUGCAAUUAUGGAGCAGGCCUUCUGUGUUUCAUGCAAUUUUGUGAUUCUAUCAACAUUCCAGAACAUGAUCAUAGGCCUGCUUCAGAAGUUCUCGUUGUGCAAUUUGCAGCAGCGCAUGCGGGCUCUGCCUCUGCAAAGACUCUUAACAACUGGUUAUGUGGUUUACAGUUUUGGCACAUCGUUAACGGUGCUCCUUGGUCCUCAGCCUCCUUGCUCCAUCACACUCGUAGAGGCUUCUCAAAGAUGGUUCCCCAUCCACACAUCAAGCAAAAUCUUGGGACUUUUCAACCCUCUCAAACAUGUCGUUCGCUCAAUUCUCCCACUUCGCAUCAACACCUUAACAAACUCUACAUGUCUGUUUCCAUCCACAUCCCCUGGACAAAGACCACCAAAGAGGUUGGUGCAGACAUCUCCAUCACUGCAUGUCCACAUCAAACAUGUCCACUCACCGCUUUGGAGCAUCAUCUAGCUGUCAACACCUCCAUUCUCAACAUCUCCCCCCUCUUCUCCUACAAAGACACAUCCACAGACGGCUGGGUCCCUCUGCAUUGUAGUGAGGUUUGGGAAGCACAAGGAUCUCUUGCCUUGCCAGGGCAUGCAUUUUGUAUAGGCGGUGCUACUGAGCUUCUGCUAGAGGGUAUACAUCCGGACAUUGUUGCUACGCAAGGCCGCUGGAAUUCCCGUUCCUUUCUGGAGUACUGGCGUCGCAUUGAGACCAUUUUGCCACUCUUUUUGUCAUCCUCUUUCAACACACAGCGUAUCACUGAUUUAGAUUCAGUCAUGAAUUCUUUUGCUCAACAUCAUCAUCUUCCACAUUCGGCCACAUCCUCUUAA